ACUACUAUCAGCUGCUGCUGUUUAACUCUACUCCGCUGCUUCGAGAUUAACAUUUUGGGGGUCGAAUAUUGGAUAGUUUGACGAACCAACUCAGGGGAAUGGCAUUGGAGUGUUUUUAUUAUUUAAGUUAGUUGAAAAGUAGAGUUUAGUCACUUUGUUCCACCCUGUUGACGCAUUUUACGUCGCUGAAGAGGUAGACAGGACCGCUAAUCCUCUGUGGUUGAUAGCCCAUGAACUGGCAUCCUUGUGUCCUGAUGCUUCGAUGAUAUGGGGGAGUGGUGGACAAACGCAACAGGAGACACAUCCAUGGGAAACUAUGAGAUCUCGAGCAUAUCACAUGUGACGAUGUCCCCAUCGAAGCAGACCAACCUCGUGUCUCUGAACCCUUUGCCGCUGUCUAAAAACUCUUACAAUCUGAUCACAAUCUUUUGCACAGAUGACAACACCCCGCACUGCAUCUCGUACAUCAAUCAGGAGCUUUCGUCCCUGGGUCUAUCCACAUGCAUCGAGGCCAGCUCAUCCGGCCUGAACGCAGCGCCUGCUCUGAAUGCCAUGUUUGAGCUGCUGCAGAUCCAGAGACGCACGAUGAGCACUUUAGAGGAGCUGGAGAGGGACCAGAUAAAGAAGUCCAGCACCUUGGAUCAGAUGCAGAUGAGCAACUCCAGACUUAAGGAUCAGCUGGAACUGUCCAUGAGGGAGAAAUCGGGUCUCCAUGAGACAGAGAGGCAGUUACAACUCAAGAUUAAAACUCUGCAAAGCUGUCUCAAGACAGAGAAAGAGGAGGUUCAGAAACUCCAGAAUAUCAUCGCCAGUCGUGCAUCCCAGUACAGCCAUGAUGCCAAGAGAAAGGAGAGAGAAUCCAUCAAGCUCAAGGAACGCCUUAGCCAACUACUUGUCGAUCGAAAGGAGAAGAAACUGGCUAUUGAUGUGCUGAACUGCCUUGGCCGAGCAGACGGCAAAAGGAGUCACUGGAGGACGACAAAAGUGGCAGUCAGCCACGAAGGGCAGAUGUACAAAUCCUUGCUCCGUGACUAUGAGGCCAGUCAGAGAGCCCUGAUGCUGGAGAACGCCGAGCUGAAGAAGGUCCUGCAGCAGAUGAAAAAGGAGAUGAUUCACAUCCUUAGUCCACGGCAAGCACCCUGCAGAGGAGCUGGCGCCGACGACAGCCAGGAGAUGGUGGAUUCUGAUGGAGAGAAGACUGGCAACUCCAGCAGGGAAACCCUGGAUCAGUCAUGUGACCAGGCCAGGGAGCAGCUCACAAACAGCAUCCGCCAGCAGUGGAGGAAACUGAGGAACCACAUGGAGAAGUUAGACCACCAGGUUGAGUCCCAUAAAGAGGUGAUACCGAGGGAAGCACACGAGGAUGAGAUGGAGCGGAUGAGGCAUGAAGUGCAGCAGUGCAAGGAGUUCAUUCACGCACAACAGCAGCUCAUCCAGCAACAAUUAAACACAUCAUUUGACGAUGAGACGGCCGAGCUGCUCAACGGCUGCUACACCUUGGAGGAGAAGGAGCGACUCAAAGAAGAAUGGAGGCUCUUUGAGGAGCAGAAGAGGAACUUUGAGAGGGAGAGGAAGUACUUCACCGAGGCCGCCAUCCGCCUGGGCCGAGAGAAAAGGGCCUUUGAGGAAGAUCGUGCUUCUUGGUUGAAAAAUCAGUUUUUAAACAUGACCCCCUUUGCCAAUCGUAGUAGGUGCUCGUCGUCUGAUGGUCAGAGUGCCUUAUCAAUCAGAAGUGAGCCAGAGAUCAGGAUGUCUUCCCCUAAAAGCCAACAGUCCAAAUCGUCCACCAACACCACAUUCUGUACCCCAAAACCUGCCCGGGCGACCACACCAUCCACUACCGAACUUUACCGAACACUCCGGCUCAUUUCAGAUGGCAGUUCCCCCAGGCAUUCGAAUCGAGGACGCCGGCAGGAGGCUGAUGACGAAGAAGACCAAGCCAAGUUCAGAACUGGAGUAUCUUCUUUGUAGGAGAUGAUGAGAACCCCAUCGCUUUAAGAACGUGCUCAUGAACUCUUCUCAUUGUACAUAUAAAUAAUUUGCCAAAUUAAAGAAAGCACUUUAGUGAGCUCUGAAACAAGCCAAGCAGAAGAUUGUACCAUUUAGUGUGUCAAUCAAAUGUUUACAAUGAGGUUAAAUUUAGAUGUACUUUAAUUGUAUA